CCCAACUACUCUCUCUCUCUCUCUCUCUCUCUCUCUCUCUCUCUCUCUCUUCCUCCUUCUUCCUCCUCAGAUCUCAAGGGUUUUAUAGACCAAGAGAAGCAAAAAGAAGUGGGCAUUUGGGAAGUCAGAUGUCUGAUGUGAGAUGAAGAAGAAGACCACUCUCUUUGAUCUUUCUCUUCUACUUCUCACUACUGCUUUCUUCUUUGCUUCCACACUCUCUUCCAGCCACAUUACCACCCAUGGAAGUCUCACCGACGCCGAAGCUCACUACAUCAAGCAGCGCCAGCUGCUCUACUACCGCGACGAGUUCGGCGACCGCGGUGAGGUCGUGAAAGUCGACCCUUCUCUGGUUUUCGAGAACCCGAGACUCCGGAAUGCUUACAUAGCAUUACAAGCUUGGAAGAAGGCUAUUCUCUCUGACCCUUUCAAUCUCACUGGUGACUGGGUCGGAUCUGAUGUGUGCAGCUACACCGGGGUGUUCUGUGCUCCGGCUCUCGACAACAGCUCGAUCCGAACCGUCGCCGGCAUUGACCUCAACCACGGCGAUAUUGCUGGGUACUUGCCGGAGGAGCUUGGGCUGCUUACAGAUCUUGCAUUGUUCCACAUCAACUCCAACAGGUUCUGCGGGACUGUGCCGCAUAAAUUCCGGAACCUGAAGCUGCUUUACGAGCUUGACAUCAGUAACAACCGCUUCGCCGGCAAGUUCCCGCAUGUUGUGCUUCAUCUCCCGGAGCUCAAGUUCUUGGAUCUGAGGUUCAAUGAGUUCGAGGGGACUGUGCCGAAGGAGCUGUUUGACAAGGACUUGGAUGCUAUUUUCAUCAACCACAAUCGGUUCAGGUUCAAUCUCCCUGAGAAUUUCGGGAACUCACCGGUUUCCGUUAUUGUUCUCGCCAACAACAAGUUCCAUGGCUGCGUUCCGGCGAGCUUGGGCAACAUGUCGAACUUGGAUGAGAUAAUUAUGAUGAAUAAUGGGUUCAGGUCGUGCUUGCCGGAGGAGAUAGGGAUGCUGAAGAACUUGACGGUGUUCGACGUGAGCUACAAUCAGUUCUUGGGGCCGCUGCCGGACACAAUUGGAGGGAUGGUGAGUCUUGAGCAGCUCAAUGUGGCUCAUAACUUGCUGUCUGGGUCGAUUCCGCCGGCUAUUUGCUCACUGCCGAGUUUGGAGAACUUCACUUACUCUUAUAACUUCUUCACUGGCGAGCCUCCGGUGUGUCUGGCCUUGCCGGGUUUCGAUGACAAGAGGAAUUGCUUGCCGAAUAGGCCGUUACAGAGGUCCGCGGCGCAAUGUAAGUCGUUUUUGUCUAAGCCUGUCAGUUGCCAGUCGUUUGGCUGUAAGGGUUCCACUCCUUCACCUACACCCCCAAUUCCUGUUCCUUCGCCUCCAAUUGUGACUCCUUCACCUCCUGUUGUGACUCCCUCGCCACCUCCUCCGCCGCCACCAUCACCCUCACCUCCUCCACCGGUUUACUCACCUCCACCUCCUCCACCAUCGCCACCGCCACCAGUUUUCUCACCGCCACCAUCACCUCCACCACCACCUCCCCCAGUUUACUCACCACCACCUCCACCGCCCUCGCCACCUCCCCCAGUGUACUCACCACCUCCACCGCCAGUUUACUCCCCACCACCACCACCGCCUCCAUCUCCGCCUCCACCAUCACCUCCACCGCCAGUUUACUUGCCUCCACCUCCACCAUCACCUCCCCCACCAGUCUCCCCUCCCUAUUGUGUCCACUCCCCACCACCGCCGCCACCAAAUUCACCUCCACCGCCUUCUCCAUUGAGUUCUCCACCUCCACCAGUUCCUUACAUGUACUACUCACCCCCGCCCCCUGCGCAUUCACCACCACCGCCUCCUCCACAUUCACCACCGCCACCAAUUUAUCCUUAUUCAUCACCGCCACCUCCACCCCCUGUCCACUCCCCACCUCCCCCUUCCCCACCUCCUUGUAUAGAACCGCCUCCACCACCGCCUCCUUGCAUUGAAUUACCACCUCCACCACCGCCACCAUGUCCUGAGUCCUCGCCUCCACCACCUCCUCCAUACCAUCACAAACCACCACCAUCUCCAUCACCACCACCAUCACCAGUGUAUGAGUCGCCUCCCCCACCUCCAGUCCACCAUUCACCACCACCACCGGUUGUUCAAUACAGUUCUCCACCACCACCGAAUUCACCCCCUCCAUAUAUUUAUGCAAGCCCGCCGCCUCCCACUCCUGUAUAUGAGGGCCCAUUGCCACCAAUCUUUGGAGUUUCAUACGCGUCUCCUCCGCCGCCACCCUUCUAUUAAUUCUUUUGAGAAUUUUCCUCCUCUAACCUUUCCUGGAGCACCAACAAACUCAGAGUCAUUGGCAUUUUUUCUCUUUUGGGCAAUUCUCAUCGCUCAGUGGGAAAAACACUUGAAAAAAAAGACAUUGUAAUUGAGAUUGUAUGCAAUAUCCUGGAGUCAUCAUCAACGGCGACAACAAAUGUCUCAAGAAAAGAACAAAAAGAAGAGGGUGAAAGCAUAGACAUGAAUAUCACUAUAGAUUGAGAGAGGUAAGGGGGAAAUUCUCUCCCAUAUUUAUUUGAAUUGUUAUGGAUAUUUUGAGGUUGUGAAAUAAAAAUGGCAGAGAAAGAGUAGGUUGCAGAGAAUGUUGUAUGUAUAGGGAUGAAUGGAUUCAGGCUACAAACACAGCAGCACCGCCUUCUGCUAGCUGCUUCCGCUGCUGAUUUGUAGUUUUAGGGUUUUAUUGUUAUUGUCUCAUUUAUAAUCAUACUUUUGUUUCUUCACAUUUCCAAAUUCUAUAGUAUAAUCAUGAACACUUUACUUGU